UUAUAUGGUGAAAUGGAUGAUUGGGACAACAGCGAUUACUUUGUUCAGCGACUGGAUUUUUCCAGCUCUGGUGAAGAGAGCGAAGACAGAAGCAUAAAUGAAGAGGACACCCCGAGCUCGAGCUCUGCCAGGAGCUAUGAGUUCCAGAAGUGGCAAGAGAGCAGUCCUCUGCCAGCAACCCCUCAGAGAGAGCUUAGUGAGACCUUCCUAAGCAGGACAAAAGCCUGGAUGAGUCCUUCCCUGAAGUCUUCCCCAGCUGUAAGUAAGAGCCGGGCUAAUGCUGAGACACCAUUGCACAUCACCUGGAAAAAGCUACAGCUGUGUGACACCCCAUACACCCCAAAGAGCCUGUUGUCAAAGACAGCCUUUCCUUCAUUUGGGACAAAGAUCCCACCCAAAGGCUUCCAACAUCUGAGAUUUACUCCUGGUGCUGACUCGGAUGACUCUACCAAAGCUGCUCAUGUCAACAUUAAUCCCUUUACACCAGAGUCGUAUCGACAAAUGCUCUUUCUUCCUAAUGGCAAGCGGAAGACCAGAGAAGAGCUCAAUCCUGAUCCAAGAAGCCAGAUGAAACAUGAGCUGCUUACACAGAGAUACCCUCUGAAAGAGAGCAAUAUGAUUUCCCGCUACCAGAAGGAGUUCCUGGAAAUAGAAAAAAUUGGCGUGGGGGAGUUUGGCUCUGUCUACAAGUGCAUCAAGCGCCUUGAUGGAUGUGUUUAUGCCAUCAAACGCUCCAAGAGGCCUCUGGCAGGAUCCUCAGAUGAGCAGCUGGCACUGCGUGAGGUUUAUGCUCACGCUGUCCUUGGACACCAUCCCCAUGUUGUGCGCUACUACUCGGCGUGGGCAGAGGAUGGUCACAUGAUUAUUCAAAAUGAACACUGCAAUGGUGGGAGUCUCCAAGAUGCGCUGCUGGAAAAUGCAAAGCUUGGUCAGUAUUUCCCAGAAGCAGAGCUGAAGGAAAUACUGUUACAAGUCUCUAUGGGGCUAAAAUACAUCCACAACUCUGGCCUCGCACACCUGGAUAUCAAACCUAGUAAUAUCUUCAUCUGUCACAAGCUGACAGUUGCGAGCCCUGCUGGGCAGGAAGAGAGUGACAGUGAAGAUGAAUUCUCUUCUGGUGUGGUGUAUAAAAUUGGUGACCUUGGCCAUGUGACAUCAAUAACAAACCCCCAGGUGGAGGAAGGAGACAGACGGUUUUUGGCCAAUGAGGUUUUGCAAGAGCAAUACUGCCACUUGCCAAAGGCAGACAUCUUUGCCUUGGCCCUCACAGUAGCUCUAGCAGCCGGCGCAGCACCACUGCCUCACAACGGGGCCAUGUGGCACCACAUCCGUGAAGGCAAUAUCCCACUGAUCCCCCAGGAGCUUCCACAACACUUUCUUGAACUCCUCAAGCUCAUGAUCCAUCCUGACCCAGCUGAAAGACCUUCUGCCACAGCUCUUACUAAACAUCCAGUUCUCCGUCCUUCACGUGGAAAAGCUGUGCAGCUCCAGAAGCAGCUAAAUGAUGAGAAGUGCAAGACUGCCAUGCUGGAAAGGGAACUUAAAGCAGCCCGCCUUGCCCAGACCCUCAUGAAGGACCAGCCUUUAGGAAGUGGCAAGUUGCAAGAGUCUUCUAAGCAAAACAGAAAGCGCCUGGUGGGAGGGAAGAGCUGUCGCUCAUUUAGCUUUACUUUGGGUUACUGA